UCCCCUGAUUUUCUCUCACUACACCCACGACUCUCUCUCUCUCUCAAUCAACCAUGGCUUCCUGCUCGGCCGACCUGGCGCCCCUCAUGGGCCCCAACGCCACGGCCGCCGCCUCCUACAUCUGCGACCGCCUCUCCGACACCUCCUACGCCGUCGACACCACCUACCUCCUCUUCUCCGCCUACCUCGUCUUCUCCAUGCAGCUCGGCUUCGCCAUGCUCUGCGCCGGCUCCGUCCGCGCCAAGAACACCAUGAACAUCAUGCUCACCAACGUCCUCGACGCCGCCGCCGGCGGCCUCUUCUACUACCUCUUCGGCUUCGCCUUCGCCUUCGGCUCCCCCUCCAACGGCUUCAUCGGCCACCAUUUCUUCGGCCUCAAGAAGGUCCCCUCCGUGGCCAUCGACUACAGUAACUUCCUCUACCAGUGGGCCUUCGCCAUCGCCGCCGCCGGGAUCACCAGCGGCUCCAUCGCCGAGCGCACCCAGUUCGUCGCCUACCUGAUCUACUCCGCCUUCUUGACCGGGUUUGUUUACCCGGUCGUCUCCCAUUGGUUCUGGUCCACCGACGGGUGGGCCAGCGCCUUCAAUUCGGACGAUCUGCUGUUCGGGUCCGGAGUCAUCGACUUCGCCGGGUCGGGCGUCGUCCACAUGGUCGGCGGCAUCGCCGGCUUCUGGGGCGCCCUCAUCGAGGGCCCCCGCAUCGGCCGCUUCGACCACUCGGGCCGCUCCGUCGCCCUCCGCGGCCACUCCGCCUCCCUCGUCGUCCUCGGCACCUUCCUCCUCUGGUUCGGGUGGUACGGCUUCAACCCCGGCUCGUUCAACAAGAUCCUCGUCGCGUACGGUAGCGGUAGCUACUACGGCCAGUGGAGCGCCGUCGGCCGGACCGCCGUCACCACCACGCUCGCCGGCUGCACUGCCGCGCUCACCACGCUGUUCGGGAAGCGCCUCCUCUCCGGGCACUGGAACGUGACCGACGUGUGCAACGGCCUCCUCGGCGGGUUCGCCGCCAUCACCGCCGGCUGCUCGGUGGUCGAGCCCUGGGCCGCCAUCAUCUGCGGGUUCGUCGCCGCCCUGGUGCUGAUUAGCUGCAACAAGAUCGCGGAGAAGGUGAGGUACGACGACCCGCUCGAAGCCGCGCAGCUCCACGGCGGCUGCGGCGCGUGGGGCGUCAUCUUCACGGCGCUCUUCGCCGACAAGGAGUACGUGGCCCAGAUCUACGGGGCGGACCGCCCUUACGGGCUCUUCAUGGGCGGCGGCGGGAAGCUCCUGGCCGCUCACGUGAUCCAAAUCCUGGUGAUCAUCGGGUGGGUCAGCGCCACCAUGGGGCCGCUGUUCUUCGUGCUCCACAAGCUCAAGCUGCUGCGGAUCUCGGCCGAGGACGAGAUGGCCGGCAUGGACCUGACCCGGCACGGCGGCUUCGCCUACGUGUACCACGACGACGACGAAUCGCCGAAGAACGGGAUUCAAUUGAGGAAAGUCGAGCCCUCCUCCACAGCGCCGAGAGUCUAGACGUGAUUUUUUUCCCUCUUUAAAUCAUAAUAUAUGCCAAUUCCCAUCCUCUUCUUUUUUGUUGCGUUGUGUUCUGCUAUAGUUAGGUGAAAAAAAAAAGACAUGUGAUUAGGUAAUUUUUACUAAGGUCUUGGAGGUGUUGAUGUGUGAUGUGAUUUGAUGAGUUAGUGGGUGGAUCUUUUUGGACAUGAGAUGGAGGGCUCGGGCUGCUAGUGUUGCUAGUGUUGCUUGUCUUCUCUUUCAAAAUUCACGUGAUGUGGAAAGAUGUACAUUUAUUUAUUUUGUCUUUUUUUCUUGGAUUUUUUUUUCGGGUUUGAUUCUAGGAUAUACGUGGGCGUAAAUUAUUGAAAUUUGGGUC